AUGUUCGUGGCCAACCGCACAUCCAAGAAUCUGCAGUUUCUGUCGCGCAAACACUGGCUCCACAUGUCGCCCAAGAACCACCCGGCCGACUACGCGUCCCGGGGAAUCACGCCGCUUGAGCUGUUUUACGGCCCCAGCUGGCUGAAAGAGAUCAAGAAUUACUGGCGCACUGAACCACUGGGCGAGGUCCAAGAGGAUAAGCUGCUGGAGAUGCGGACUACGAUCCCCUGUCUGUUCGCGAGCGCCGUGCUGCCGCCCUGGUGUGACCACGAAACGCUGAUUUUCCUGCUCACCCGCUACUCGGAUCUGGCUCACAUCUGGGCGUAUCUUGUGCUGGAACAACCGUCUGCGGCUCAACUCUCUGGACCGCUGACGCCGAAGAAGAUCAACGACGCUUGUUUGCAACUGGCGCGAGCGGCUCAACACGACAGCUUCCAGACGGAAAUCGAUUGCCUGGUCAAGAACGCACCGCUUCCAGGCAACAGCAAGCUCAAGACUUUGUUUCCGUUCGUCGACGUAGAUGGCACUCUGCGGGUUGGUGGCCGACUCCAGAACUCCAACCAGCCGUACGACGUGCGCCAUCCUGUGAUCAUCCCGAAAGAGCACCGGUACACGAACUUGCUGCUGUCAGAAGUCCAACUUCGCAACCUGCACGCAGGGCCAACUCUGAUGAUCGCCACACUCAACCAAAGAUAUUGGAUCGUUGGCUGCCAAACCGCGCUGCUGCAGAAUGAAGGCGAAAACCGCGACGCAGCUGAAGCCUGCCUUCCGUACGGACGAACCCGGCUCGUCCUUUCGUGCACUGCGACAGUGAAGGGUUACGUCGUUGCCUUCGUUUGCCUCGCGACCAAGGCAGUGCACCUAGAAGCCGUUUCCGACCUGUCCACGAGCGCGUUCUUGACCGCCCUCAAGCGCAUGUUCGCCCUUCGUGGGAUAAGCAGCGAGAUCUGGUCCGACCGCGGAACCAACUUCGUGGGCGCGGACCGACACAUCCGAGAGCACCUGCAGUCACCUGAGCUCAACCGAGCUGUCAACCAGUACAUGUCGGUCCUCAAGGUGAAGUGGACGUUCAUCACUCCAUCCGCCCCCCACAUGGGAGGAAUCUGGGAAGCGGCGGUGAAGAGUAUGAAGAAGCACCUCCGAGUGGUGCUCGGGAACACGACGCUGACGUACGAGGACCUUUCGACCGUCUUGACGCAGAUCGAGGCGUGCUUGAACUCGCGUCCCUUUUGCAAGCUCUUUGCGUUGCCUGACUCAUACGAGGCCCUCACGCCGGGCCACUUUAUCAUCAACCAGCCGCUCAACCUGCUGCUGGAACCGGACAUCAGCCACAUCAAGAAAGGCCGUCUGGACAUGUGA